UAACUUUCUUUUUGUUCGACGGCCAAAUGGUUUCCGCACGAGUGGAUUCCCUUUCAAACUUAUUUAGGAUAAAAGAGACCACCGGUUAUUUAUUUUGCGUUAUUUUGUUUGUUUGUGACAAACUGUUAGCCGAUUAUAUGCCGCGAUUGCGGAUGAAUACAUAGUCAACUUCAAGGAUUCCUAAACGGUAUUUAAGGUCAUUUCCGGAAUGGUUGGAAUUAAUUUUUAUUUUUUCAGGGGAUUGCUUUUACGGUAAUUUUAAUCUUAUUAGAAGCGGAGAAAAAAAUUUAUAUGGCCAACGGAAAUUUCCCGAUGAAGCGGAAUAAUAGUGGAAUAAUUUGUUUUUUUUUUUUUUUUAAAUUCAUGGUUCAAAUGAAUUACACAUUUCGUUUGUUCGAUUGAUUUUCAUCAUCACGCAUCCAAUUGGCAAGGAUUGGCUUCGCGUGAGCGUGCCGAACAUUACAUGGGUCCAUUUCCCACUUAGCCAACAUAAAGUCCAGUCGUUUGUGUCGGACAUCACCUAUAGCAUUGACCUUCUUUUUCCCGCUAACGGAUGGACAUUGUCACGCACAUGCGCAUAUCAUCAAUGCGCAGCAUAACUGUUUGAUUGCGCCAUUUUCAAAUGCCUCAAAACAAUUUCUUUUGGUUAUUCUCCCAUUAAAUAUUAUCUGUUGCGUUAUGUUCCGAUAAAAGAGCCGAAGAAUCUUUUUCACCCCUGACCGAGUUUAUAGUACCGGUUCCACCGCCACCUUCAUACGAAGCAAAAAAAAUCAAUUAAAAAUUGACGACAAUUUCGUGAUAUCACGGUCCGUGAAUUUCCACGGAAUGUCAUUCAAGUUGGUCGUCUAUAAUUAUCAGAAAUGGAAAUCUUUUUUGUCGGAUUCCUUUUAACAACGAAAUUUUAACAGUGAAUAAAGUGAAGCCUCAACCGUUUUAUACAUUUAAAAUGGCGCGGGAUAUAUUUCAAACUCCCAUCAAAUAAAGAGAUAAGAAGAAAAUUUGUUGAAGAAAAAACCUGAUUAGCAUUUAACUCGAAAGAAAAAAUAUCCAUCCAGCGUAUAAUAAUGAACUCGCCUUUUAUAUAGUGUGACGCAAACAAUAGUAUUCCAGUUUUUUCCCACGCAUACCAAACAUAUCAGCCAAGAGAUGAGCCGUUGCAGCAUAUGUCCGUUAUUAUUGUCCAGCAAUAAAUGAGUACCCCGUGAAGAAUAGUUAUGACACAAGACAUUAGAUCUUCUGGACAGCAAGUCGCUUUUUCGCCCCACUGGAUCAAAUAUAACCCACCGGAUUUUAAACCAUGUUAGGUGUCGCAUUAAUGUUAAUCGUGUUUAGUGUCACACUUCAAUUACCUGGGAAUAGUGCCUUGAAUAAUAACGAAAUUAUCGGAAGGAGUCGGAGACAAGAUUUCACAAAUUUAAAUCCCUUCAAUUCCAAUUGGUUUAAACGCGCAAUUUGCGCCUCCGACGCAACUAGUGGCAAUCGCAUAGGAAAAAGGUCAAAAUUCUCCAACCGAUUUGAAUAUUCCAACGAAAUAGAAGAUGACUGGGAUAACGAGGUGACGUCCGGCCGAUUAUUCCCGAAAUUGCCUUGCAAGAUUAACUGGCGAAGGGAUUUCUUCCGGCGGGUGAGGAACACGGUCAAUCCGCUGUCGAAUUUCAUGCCGUGCAGGUCGUCGCAGGAGAAUUUGAUGUCGGAAACGGGAGUGUGUCUUCUCCCGCCCGUCUGCUCGUUCUACGGAGGCCGGGCGACAACUGGCGGCCGCUGCAGAAUGGGACUAUCUUGUUGCGUCAAUGAGAUUCCCAACUGCGGGCAGUUGGUCACGUUCAACAACACGUACUGGCAAUCGCCAUCUUUUAUCAAUUCGGAAAGCAGUUGCAAUUUGACCAUCAAACUCGACCACCAUUUAGUGGAGCAGAGUAAACCCAUUUGUCAAAUUCGGCUUGAUUUCUUAACGUUUUCGCUUGCGCAACCCAAUGCGAACACCGUUUGUGACGUGGAUCACUUCCAAGUGACAGGAGCAACUAAUAAAAUCCCAAUCAUUUGCGGUGAAAAUCACGGACAGCACAUGUAUUUAAUGAUCCCGCGAGUUUCCACUCAAGUCGAACUGCUCAUGACACUCGGCACUUCCACCGUCCAUCGCAUCUGGCGAAUUAAAAUCGCUAUGCUUUCAUGCGAUUCAGAAUAUUUAGCUCCGGAAGGUUGCCUGCAAUAUUUCACCUCGUCGGUGGGUUCGGUGAUGACAUUUAAUUGGAAGGACACGUCCAGCAGGACGACUCGCCAACUGGCCAAUCAGGAUUAUUACAUGUGUUUCAGGAAAGAGUUGGUCCAACGACAGGCCAGUCCUCAGAUUGCCACGACUUUGUGCUUAUCGCAGUGUCAAGUGACCAGCGGACUUCCGUUCAGCGUGUCCGGAAAUUUGGCUGAAACUAGUCAAGUAUCCGGAGCGUUGUCGUGCAGUAACGACUACAUUGUAUUCCCCGGUGGAUACAGUUGGCCGCCUACUACACCGCUGAAUCAGAGGGAUCGUUACUGCGGGACUCUUCUGUCCCAAGUGGACGAAGGCAUCGAGCCGCAAACGAUUUGUAGUACGGCCAAACCCUUCCGGUUGCUCUACCGGACCAAUGGUGACGACACGCUAUCCAUUCCGAUGGAUUCGACGCUAAUAGGCAACCAAGGAUUCUGCUUAAAUUUCGAACAGAAAUUAACUUAAAAACCGGAAGCAGCUGCUGCCAUAAUCCAAGUUAAAAAAUAAAGGAACUUUUUUAAAAUGUACAAUUCUAAUAAAAUUAUUUCUCGCUCGAUUCAUUACAUUUUUAAUGACCGUUAUUUUU